AUGGAAGAGAUCGGGGAGAACAGUGAGCUUGACAGCCUGUUGAGCUGGAAGAUGAACUCAAAGAAGAAGUACGAAGUCGUCAGGUCGAUGCAGAAGAAUGAACAUCUGGCUGCUGAUAUCGUGUUUGUUUGCAAUCCCAGAUUAGCCAAGUUUAUAGACUUGAUGAUCAAACGGAGGCGACCAGACGAUUCAGGACGCGAACUCUGUGUUGUUGAUGUUGGUUCUGGGCAGAGUCAUUUGAGCAGAGUUCUUGCAUGGAAGUAUGGAUAUGAUGUCAAGACACUCGAAUCCAACUCCUGCAACGUAGCGACUGCAAGACACAUCGACAAGCAUUUUCAGUACGAAAGAUCCAAGAGAGAAGAAGAUCAAGUCGAUGUAAAGAUUGAUGAUUCCAGCGUGAAGAGGGGAGAACUGCAUCAUAUCAACUGUGAGCUGCAGGCCUUUGUGGAACCAACGAAGUUUCUCAAGAUGUUGGAUGAUGAUUGGAAUCUGGCGCUUGUUGGGUUGCACCCUUGUGGAGAUCUCAUUCCAACAAUGCUCAACCUGUUCUCUCAGCUGAAACAGGUCAAGCUUGUUUGUGCGGUUGGAUGCUGUUACAUGUGGUUGAGUGAAGCUACGGGAGAGGAGUGGAAACAUGGAAAUCAUCACAACUUGUAUGGAUUUCCGCUGAGCAAGGCACUCAAAGAGUUGAAUGAGAAGCAUGAAGAUAAUGACGGUCUCGGUUACCUUGCAAGAGAACUUGCCUGUCAUUGCAACGAGAGAAUGCCUGUGCUUGAGCUGCUACUGCCGAUGAUGUCAUUUAUGAUGAUGCCGAUGAUGAUUCUUAUGAUGCUGCUGGUGCUGGGGCUGGUGCUGGUGCUGGGGCUGGUGCUGGUGCUGGCGCUGGCAGUCCUGCAGCUUUUGAUUUCAGAUGUUGUGAAAGUUAUCGAGCACGAGCGAGAAAAGGCAAAAGAGGAUGGGACGGAGGAAGAGAAACGAAAGCAGAGGAUGGCGAGGACGGAGCGAGGGAACAGCGGGCUAGCGAGGAAGUAG